CCGUUUAGGCGGAAGUGUUUUGAAACUAAACUAGGCAAGAAUUUAGUGUAAUAGUACGUGUUCUAAGCGUUUUUACGCAUUUUUAAAGCUAAGGGCAGUUUGCGAAUAAAGAGAAACUGUCUGUAUUCGCUUUAUAUAAGAUUAGUUUAUACAAGACUAUCAAAACCUUGCGAGGUUUUGUUUCUCUGUUCGGGAUUAGCUGCUUUAACUGGACUUCAUGGAUUGGAUUGGGUUCGGUUAUGCUCUGUUUGUGUUAGCAGGAGGAGUCAUAGGUUAUGCUAAAGCAGGCAGCAUCACCUCUCUGGUCGCCGGUAUCGUCUGCGGCUUGGCGGCUGCGGUUGGAGUUUAUCUGACGUCUAGAAAUCCCAGGAAUGUUUGGCUUUCAUUGGGCACAGCGGGAACUUUGGCUGUAGUGAUGGGACUGAGAUUUGUAAACUCCUGGAAGUUCAUGCCGUCUGGUUUGAUGACUUUAGCGAGCGUGCUGAUGCUGACGAAGAUCAUCUUUGGAAUGCUGAAGUUGAGGCAGCACAAAUCUUGAACUUGGAUUUAAAUUUUGAAUAUGGAUUGUGAAACAUUUCCAGCUGUAUCGUUUUGUUUUACAGUCUGUUGUAAAAAGUGA